CUUAUGUGACUACGGGCCAUCAACGAAGUGGAUAGUUAAGAAAAGCCUAGGCACUUUGACACAUUAGCUUUCUUUGUACAUACAAUUGGUCUUGCCUUCUUGCGUCCCCCCUACUUUUAAUCCUGGUAUUUUUAUUCCCGACAAUUUGUAUGCGACCUUUCCGAUAUACACGUACAGUUACGACAGGCUCUGCCUUUUCAUUUCUGCGUCGGCGGCACCAACUGCUUCCAAUUUGGCAGGUAAUAGCAACCCCACAACAGCAGGGCCGGGGCCGACCAACUUUGUACCACACCGCAACAAUGAGCAACGCCGCCGCGGGUAGAGACCAUUCUCUUCCCGGCGGUCUCAAAUGCAGCGGCGGCAGCCAAAAGUCGUUGCCCAAGUCACUGUUUUUCCCUUCGCCGAAAUCGACAAGCAAACCUGCUGCUGGUUCGGACCGCCAGCGGAACGUGCUCCUCUUCUUCAUCCCCGGCAACCCGGGUUUAGUCGAGUACUAUGGUCCGUUCCUCUCGCACCUGCGCCGGCUGCUGGACGAGUCCGGGCCAAUGGCCGUUGCCAUCGACCUCUACGGCACCAGCAUGUCCGGCUUCGACGACGCGGACCACGACGCGCCGUUCCGCAUCCCGGGGAACCCGCCCAGGGACGUCGCGGACCAGAUCUGCUUCGUGGAGGGUCGAGUGGCCGAGAUUUGUGCGGCUGCGGCGCGGCCAUACGACGCCGUCGUAGUCAUGGGCCACUCGGUCGGGGCGUACAUUGCGUGCGAGGUGGUGCACCGAGGAAAGCAGCGACGGCGACAAGAGCAGCAGCAGCAGCAACAGCAACAGCAGCAACAGCAGCAACAGCCAGUGCAAAAUUCCAACGGCUUAACCUGCACCAAUCCCGACGAUUUCCGCGCGGGCAUCCUCCUCUUCCCGACGAUUGCGCACAUCGCCCUCUCACCGUACGCCCACGUGGCCGCGGCGCUGCUCCUAUCGGUGCUCCCGCUCGCGCUGCUGCGCUUUCUCUUGCGCACGGCCUGGAAGAUGCCGCCGCACGCGGUGGACACGACGGCGGCGUGGCUCGGGAGCCGCGACGGCGUCUGGCAGGCGCUGCACAUGGGCAAGGAUGAGAUGCGCGUGAUUGGUGAGGACCGCUGGGGGGACGAGUUCUGGGAAGAAGUCGGCGGUAGCAAUGCUGGCGCUGCUGCUGCCAGGCCGGGAGACGCGGGGACCAGGUUCUUUUUGCUCUAUGGCAAGAAUGACCACUGGGUAGCUGAGGAUGUCAGGGAUGCGUUCCUGGCCAAGAGGGAGGCGAGAAAGGGGCUGCAGACCAAGGUCGUUGUUGAUGAGACGGGUAUGCUGCCGCAUGACUUUUGCAUAAACUACAGUGAGCCGGUCGCGGAGAAGGUCAAGGUCUGGCUUGAGGAGGCCCUCGAGGGCUUGUAG